AGAUGAAUGCCAUUAACUUUCAAUUACCAAAAUGCCCCUCUUUUGCUCUUCGUCCCGUCACCGGCUGCAAGCGUCCUAAAUUCGUCGUGGCUUCAGCUCUUCCUUCUCCUUCAAAGUUUAGGGUUCAAGUGAAGAAACCUUCUCACAUUCAAGUCACACACUCGAUGCCCCCUCAAAAAGUCGAGAUCUUCAAAUCUUUAGAAAGCUGGGCUUACGACAACGUGUUGAUUCACCUCAAACCGGUCGAAAAGUGUUGGCAGGCGCAGGAUUUCUUGCCUGAUCCGGCUUCCGAUGGGAGGGCGUGGACGGCUGAGGAGAAUAGACACGGAGACCUCCUCAAUAUGUAUCUUUAUCUCUCCGGGAGAGUUGACAUGAAACAAAUCGAGAAGACUAUCCAGUAUCUCAUCGGCUCAGGAAUGGAUGUAAAGACAGAAAACAACCCGUAUCUCGGAUUCAUCUACACGUCCUUCCAAGAAAGGGCUACGUUCAUCUCCCACGGAAACACGGCCCGACAAGCCAAGGAGCACGGGGACAUCAACUUGGCUCAGAUAUGCGGCACUAUCGCCUCGGAUGAGAAACGCCACGAAAUUGCAUACACCAAGAUUGUCGAGAAGCUCUUCGAGAUCGACCCUGACACGACCAUGCUAGCAUUCGCCGACAUGAUGAAGAAGAAAAUCGCAAUGCCCGCCCACUUUAUGUACGAUGGUCGCGAUGACAGCCUCUUCCACCACUUCUCGGCCGUCGCCCAGCGCCUUGGCGUCUACACGGCAGGAGACUACGCGGACGUCCUAGAGCACUUGGUUGCGCGAUGGAAAGUUGAAAAUAUAACGGGGCUAUCUGUGGACGGGGAAAAAGCUCAAGACUAUGUCUGUGGGUUGCCUCGGAGAAUUAGACGGAUGGAGGAAAGGGCUCAAGGGAGGGCUAAAAAGGCUGCAAAGAUCCCGUUCAGUUGGAUAUACGACAAUGAAGUGCAACUCUGA